GGGCAAAUUCGCCCCAUUCAAAUACAGACCUAACCCUAGAGAAAGACCCCAUCUUUCCCAUCUUCCAGCUCUCUCUCUCUCUCUCUCUCUCUCUCUCUCUCUCUCUCUCUCUAAUAUCAGAGGUUUUGGCUUCUUCGGCAGCUCUCGUCAAUGGAGGUCCGGUGUUGUUCAAUGAUGGUGAUUUACUAGAGGAAGCAGGUGAUGAUGGAUUACCUCUCGAGAAGGAAGGUGCGGACUUUAACAGAAGGAGAAAGUUGAGAUUUUUUUGGAGGAAUAACGAGAAAACUAAAGGGCAGCGACGGGAAGCUGGUGAAGCAUGGGAAAAGUAUUGCCCCCAGAGAGGGACUCCAAGAGGUUAAGGCAAAAGAGGCGAUCAAGAGGCUCGGGUAAUAAGUACCUGAAGCCAGGUGCACUUGCUCAGCUUCGAUAUAGCAAGCCACUGAGUACGAGAUCAUGCACUGACCUUGGGAAGAAAAGGGUGGCCGUGUUAGACGCCAAGAAGGGUGAGGAAAACUUGGUUAUUGAAGAUAAACCACUUGAUAGCACUCCCCUUAUGCUAUCCCCAGUGAGUCUAGUUAAACAAAGCAACGUGCUGCAAGAGGGUGCUGAGAAGGGUCUGGAUCAUGCAGUGAUUGAGAGUACUCCAAUCGAUAGAAGUCCUGUUUUCUCUUCGCCAAUUAAUUACAGUAAGCAGAAUAACUUGUUGAGGACGCCUAAGACACCUCGAUUUGAUGAUUGCGACACUGAGUCCAGGCUUGAGGCUCUCCCUAUGGAUUUGCUGGUGAAAAUUCUUUGUCACUUGCAUCAUGACCAAUUGAAAGCAGUCUUUCAUGUAUCCCAAAGAAUGAGGAGAGCUGUUCUGAUUGCUAGGCAGUUCCAUUUCAACUACACAACGCCAGAUCGCUCCCGCCAAGAAAUGUUAAGGAUGAUUACUCCUCGGCCAACUGAUCACUGGCCAUUUAAAAGCAGGGGAGAAGGUAAGGGAACUCCAUUGCGGAGUCCACUUGCUCCAAAAGCGCCGAGGCAGGGUCCACGCCCACCAUCCCGAAUUAAGAUCUCCGAGAUGCGCCAGAUCGCUGCUGUCCUUUUCCAGGAGAAAUCCACAUUCCCUUCUCGGUGCAUUGUCCCUUCUGUCCUCUCCAAGCCCUUGUGCAAGUCCCUUGCUUCCAAUCGAGCACUGUUCUAUGAGGAUGAAUUGUGCCAGGCAGUUGCCCAGAAUAAGCUCCGUUGAUUCAAUUAUUUUCCCAUGAUCUAGUGCAGUUUCUUAGCUGGCUGAAAAGAGAAUUGCGGUUUGUUUGGGUAAAAUAUGUAUAUAAAUUGGUUUUCCGUUUUCGUAUAGCUUGGUCGUUAGGAUUUCCUAGGAAGUCUUGCAGCCUUUGAUGGGACAGUGAGGUCAAUCUACCCUGCUAUGGCUGUGUUUCAGUAUGAUUUGAAGUUAUUAGGAUGAUAAGUCUCUGGUGGAGUCGGGAUGCUAUAUCGUGAACUGGUCACUUGUAUAUCUUCUUAUAUAUGUUGCUUAAAAGCGUGGUUUGCUCAUCUCGAGCAUUGUUCUCUAUCAAAUUUUGGUGCAGUAGUGAACUCUUCCAGCUCAUUGCAACACAGUGAGCGAUUCAACUC